CAGCAGGUAGCUGAGCGCUGCCCUCUGGACCAGAUAACCUGUCACAUUUCCGGAGGUGUCCUGCUAAAAGGACUUUGGUCUUUGGGGCUAUCAACUGAGCUGUGUGGGGCGAGUGCUCACAGUGAAGAGGAGGCCAGCAAACGGCCUGCUGCCCGCUCACCUGCUGCCCGCUCACAGCUCACGCCAUGGAGCCUAAGGGCCCCCAGGUGCGGAGGAGAGAAGGGCUGGGAGGCAGUGAGCAGGAGCGCCGGCCCUCGGGAGAAGGGAACGCUGAGCCCCAGAGACCCCCGGACUUGGUGCAAUGGACUCGACAUAUGGAGGCGGUGAAGACGCAGUUGCUGGAGCAAGCUCAGGGACAGCUGCUGGAGCUGCUGGAUCGGGCCAUAUGGGAGGCCGCGCAAUCUUACCCGCCAAAGGGUGGAGCCCCCCUCUCCAUUCCCACAGAUUCCUUGAGCAAGACCAGGAAGCCAGCCGUUGAGAAACGGAAAGUUUUCAUCAUCCGAAAGUCCCUGCUUGAUGAGCUAAUGGAGGUGCAGCAUUUUCGCACCAUCUACCACAUGUUCAUCGCCGGGCUGUGUGUCUUCAUCAUCAGCACCUUGGCCAUCGACUUCAUCGAUGAGGGCAGGCUGCUGCUGGAGUUUGACCUACUUAUCUUCAGCUUCGGACAGCUGCCCUUGGCGCUGGUGACGUGGGUUCCCAUGUUCUUGUCCACCCUGCUGGCGCCCUACCAGGCCCUGCGGCUGUGGGCGAGGCCCCGGGCCGGGGGCGCCUGGACCCUGGGGGCGGGCCUGGGCUGCGUGCUGCUGGCCGUCCACCUCGCCGUGCUGGGCGUCCUCCCGCUCCACGUGGCUGUGGAGCAUCAGCUCCCGCCGGCCUCGCGCUGCAUCCUGGUCUUUGAACAGGUCCGGCUGCUAAUGAAAAGCUACUCCUUCCUGAGGGAGGCUGUGCCUGCAACCCUUUCCGCCCGAGGAGGAGGAGCAGGGGGAGCAGGAGGAGAUGGAGGUGAGGGGAUCCAGGCCCCCAGUUUCUCCAGCUACCUUUACUUCCUCUUUUGCCCCACACUCAUCUACCGGACGACGUACCCCAGGACAUCUCACAUCAGGUGGAAUUAUGUGGCCAAGAACUUUGCCCAGACCCUGGGCUGCAUAUUCUAUGCCUGCUUCAUCCUGGGCCGCCUCUGUGUUCCUGUCUUUGCCAAUAUGAGCCGGGAACCGAUCAGCACGCGGACACUGCUGCUCUCCGUCCUGCAUGCCACACUGCCAGGCAUCUUCAUGCUACUGCUCAUCUUCUUCGCCUUCCUCCACUGCUGGCACAACGCGUUCGCGGAGAUGUUGCGAUUCGGAGACAGGAUGUUCUACCGCGACUGGUGGAACUCCACGUCCUUCUCCAACUACUAUCGCACUUGGAACGUGGUGGUUCACGACUGGCUCUACAGCUACGUGUAUCAGGAUGGGCUGUGGCUUAUUGGUGGCCGGGCGCGAGGGGCCGCCAUGCUGGGAGUGUUCCUGGUCUCCGCGGUGGUCCAUGAGUACAUCUUCUGCUUUGUUCUGGGAUUCUUCUAUCCUGUCAUGCUGAUGCUCUUCCUUGUCUUUGGAGGGCUGCUGAACUUUACCAUGCAUGACCGGCACACGGGUCCUGCGUGGAACGUACUCAUGUGGACCCUGCUCUUUCUGGGCCAGGGCAUCCAGGUCAGCCUUUACUGCCAGGAGUGGUAUGCACGGCGGCACUGCCCUCCAUCCCAGGUGAGCGACCAUGGCAGUGUCAGGCCCUGCACCCAGCUUCCCCUUCUUAACAUCAGCUCCCUACUGCUCCCCAACUCAACAGCCCUGGCCUAG